CGCCAUGGCGGGAACUCAGACGGAGGUUCGGAAUGCGAUCACCGUCCGGGGAUCUGCAGAAAUCGUCGCGGAAUUCAUCGACUAUGGAAUCAAUAGCAUUUUAUACCAACGUGGCAUCUACCCACCGGAAUCUUUCACCCGCGCUCAGAAGUACGGGCUCACCCUCCUCGUCUCCACAGACGAGAAGAUAAAGGGGUUCAUCAACGUUGUCCUCGGCCAAAUAAAAGAAUGGUUGGAGGCAGGGAAGGUGCAGAAAAUUGUGAUGGUGAUAGCAAGUGUGCAGAAGGGAGAGCCUCUUGAGCGAUGGGAGUUUGGCAUCCAAUAUGAUGAUACGAAGGCACAAAAUGAUCCCAAGUACAAACUGACUGGGGAGAAGACAAGCAAGAAGGACCUGCAGCAGAUCCAGAAGGAGAUUCGUGAUGUGAUUCGCCAGAUCACAGCCAGUGUGACCUUCUUACCUCUUCUGGAUACACUCUGUUCCUUUGAUCUGCAAGUGUAUGGGGACAAGAGCGUGGAGAUGCCGGAGAACUGGGAUGAGACACAGCCAGUGAUGCUGACCAAUGCCCAAGAGGUGCAGCUUAAGUCCUUUUCCACUGAUCUGCACACUGUCCAGUCCUUUGUCUCCUACAAGCUGCCUGACUGAUCACUCAUCAUGUCAAAGUACUUCAGUAGGAUUCUGCACAAAAUUCUAGAAUGCACACAA